AUUCUCUAAAGGUUUGGGAUCAGGUCAGAAGAUAACAUUGGUCUUUUGAAUAUACUUUACUCAGCUGAGAACAGAUUGUUUGGUUUUUGCACUGUUGCAUAGCAUUGUGCAGAAAGUCACGAACCACUCCACAAGUUUUGGAUUCUUUUGCCCCCAAGUAUCUGGAUGUUGUUGUAAAUGUAUUAAGUCGUCUUGAGCAAUAGUUUUAUUUUAAGGUCUUUCAAAAAACAUUUUGGACGCUGGAUUCUUGACCAGGCGUGACUGUACCUACGAGGCCAUUCUCAAAGACUUAUUAGACCAAGACCAGUGCCAUCAUCUCCUCAUGCUGUGCAGUGUGUCCUUGCAACUGGACAAAUGAAGAACAAAAGGAGUGGCAGAAAGGCGCUGACUGAUUGGGAUCCAUCUGACUUCAGCAUGGCAGUGAUCCCAGACACACGAGCAGUGCAGUACAACCACACAAUCGGCAGCUGACGUUCAAAACAGAAAUGAUUGGUGGCUCGAGACUCUUGUACAGUAGGGUGUGUACUUUCUGAAAGACUCGUACACACCGGACCAAAAGCGGGGUGUUGGAAGUAAGCGGCUGAGGCGGGGGUCAGUUAUUGGUCCGGUUAUCUUUUAGGAGAGGGCUGAUGGGUCAGUGUGAAAACGGCACGUGGUGGAAGACUGACGUAGGUUUCGCCGGCUGCUGGCGUAACUUCCCCUUUCAGGCUGCGCGAGCUUGAAUGAAGUCGCGCGCUAAACCGGUUUGUGAAACAAGAUGAGAUCGUGUGUUCGUCUUUGUGCCCCACGCGACCUCCUCCUCAUGUCAUGCAUAGCUGUGUGUUUUCCGUCAUCUGAUGGAGCUCUGAAGGAAGAACCUCGAGCCAUUUGCCCAGUUACGGAAAUUGAUGCAAAGGAAGGUGAUGAUGUCAUCCUCCCGUUUUAUGUGGUUCCCCCUGUCAACCUGUCUGCGUUCACCAUGGACUGGUCAAGAACCAACCCGAGUGUGGUCGUCUACUCCUAUCGACACCAACAGGAGUCGCAUGAUGCAGAGAUGGAUGCAACAGUCAGACGUGAAGACCUGAACAGAGGAAAUCUGACACUGUGGAUCCCCUCAGUGCAGAUGUCCCACAGUGGAGAAUACACAGGCUUCGUCAUGGACCUCAGUAUCAAGUGUAGUGUUCAACUUAAUGUAACCAAAGACAAACUGAAAAAGCAAAAGGGGCAGGAUGGUUUCAGCACAACUGGAGCUCCUCUCGACACGACGGUGGAGAAAGUCGGUCCACGUGGUGACAUGAUGCUUAUCAUUGGGAUUUCUCUUUCUUGCGGCGUCGCUCUUCUCUUGAUUGUUCUGGGAUUGCUUGGAAAGCUCGAGGGCUUUGUGAGACGGUGCAGAGGAUGGAUCCAGCCACCAAAUGAUGAUCGCACUGAAAAUUAAACCAUCUUAUGAAAUUUAGCAGAAUGCAGUGAUUAACAAAUCUCAUGUGCUGUCCAUAAGAUGUGGGUUUAUUAUAGAAUGUGUGUCAAAUGUUUAAACCUUAAAAAAUUGUUUUGUGUGUAAGGAAAACACAAGCUCUUAGCUGUAAAUGAGGUUUUACAUGUGAACACAAUGAGUCUAGAACACGACGACAAAGUGAUGCCAGAGGUGCCUCUCAGAUGAGUUUGAAUCUCUGACCUUGUCCUUAACCUCCCAAGACCCAAACUCUCAUUUCAUGAAUUUGUAAUUUGUCUUUGUUAUUUGGACUGAGACCUGGUGAAUGUAAAAACAAACCUGAUGUAGUUUCUGAGAAUCUGAUAUCAGGCUUUGUACAGCAAAAUUGAGGAACUGUAGCCUAGACGACCCAAAAUAAUCAUGUUCACAUAUGUGGGAGGUUAAGGUCAGAGUUCAAAUUUUCUCAAAACUUGAACUCACAUGUCACCUAUGAUUUUCAUAUUGCUAUCACAUCUAUCUGUCCUACAUUUUGCUGCUUCCAUCAAAGUCAAAAUGAGCUAAUGUUGUUCUGAAAAUGACACUUUCUCAGUUUAAACCUCUGUUUGUGUUCUGCUGUGAAUGUAAUGUGGGUUCAUUGGAUUUGCACAUAUAUUUUGUACAUUGAAACUUUGUGUGUGUGUGUGUGUGUGUGUGUGUGUGUGUGUGGUGACUGUGAUGAUUAAAUCAAUAAACAUGAUACUGGAUGACACAACUUGACUUGCUGAUGAAACCUGAACGUCACUCGCUCAAGAUUGGGGAAAAUCAAUGAAGCUACUCACACAUUUAUGUCUGGUUAUUUUCAGUAUAAGCACUGCUCGCUGCAUAUACAUGUAUGACUUUUUAUUGAAUGAGGGGCCACGAGUCUUUUGAUGAGUAAGCAUGCUAAAUGUUUGGCAUGGGUGCAGUUAUCUUUUGUUGACAAGACUGAAUGCAAAACAGUUCUGUUGCCCAAUUACUGGAGUUGUUCACUGAUGGCUAAAAGCUGCGGUAAAACCAGGAGUUUCCAUCAGUCCUACAGUCUAGUGAAAGUUGAGCACUGGCCUCCAUCUGUUUCUCUAAUCCAUUUAAAGUCUUAGAGAAAUUGUCGGUGUGUGUUUGUUUUAUUUGUGCUUUGUAAGCGAGACUUGUAACAAUGUCAGCAUUCUCCAAAAACAAAUGAAUUGUUGCUAAUCUUCAGUCUAACAGAACCUCGUCCCACGGUACUGGUGUUUAUUUAAACACCUGAGCUCGUUAUUUUAUUAACCCUUUUCCUUUAUUUUAAAUGUGUACAAUUUGUCUUUUUGCUCUUAUGGAGCUGUUUGUGGCUUCAUGUUGUAUUCAUUUUAUCGGGCUUUUCUAUUUGGUGUUUUUUUUUUUUUUUGUUUUUAAUUUCACAACAAAAGCUGCCUUGGGGUUUGUUUUACUGUGAGGUAAAGAGUCCAGUUGAGGGAAAAUGACAAUCGGAAGGUAUUUGGCAUCCAGCAAAACCAGACUCGGGGAGGAUUUUAUCUGCCAUAACCAGUUAAGAGUGAAGGCAAAGACAUAAAAAAGAGGCGAGCAGGGAUGAUAAACUAGCAAUGGGAGAGAGAAGACAAAAUCGAACAACAUAUUCCAGAGGUAUAUAAACACACGGGCAGUAAAAAGAGGUGAGUGUAUUUAAAAAAACCUGCAGACACAGGGACAACAUGCCAACUCCACAAAGAAAGGCCCCUGCUUGGAUUCAAACCCAACCUCCUUGUAAGAAAACGGUGCUAACCACCAUUCCCCACUUUAACGAAAGGAUGUUAAAUAGUCAACACUUAUCUUCAGUUCUGAAUAAGGCAACAAUAAAAUGCCCAUGGCAAAUCAGGAGCAAAAUGUGUCUUUGUAGUAAUGGCCCAAAA